CGGGACUCGCAGCCGCAUAGCAUCACUACAUCUAUCAACGCUAUUCCUGAGCGCCACAAACACCCCUCCCUCGCUACCACCCCUCGUGUGCAAGCCAUCCAUACCCUCCUCGCACGCGACUCAAGCCAUCUUUGAGGCGAUCAACGCCCUCUAGACUUGAGAUCGGGAUCGCUGGACUUCGUUUCGACACGCGACAUACACGACAGCACAGCUUGAUCUCUUUAAGGGGUAUCACCUGAGAAAUGACUAUCGAAGCUACCUCACCCAAUCGCGCUAUGGAAGACCAGAAGGACGCGUUCUUCUUCGGUGAUGUUGCAUCCAUCGAUCCCAUCUUCGCUCAAUAUCCAGAAUCGCUACCCAUUCACGUACUGCUAGCCGAUGCUUCUUCAUCGUCUUCGACUGCUCCUUCAUCUCCUGCUGAGGUCUCUGACCCUUCAUCCUGCCAGGACGAUACGCCCCCUUCGUCUGCAAAGAGAGUCAAAGACUGCGCCUCUUCCGACUCUCUUGCCCACAGCAGACAGUCACAAUCUGCUACCGUACCUGCAACAACCUCUAGUGACGCGUCAACACAGGCCCCUUCACACGCCACUGUCGCGGACAAUUGCUCUCGUACUGCGACUGGCGCAAAGAGCAAAGGAGCAAUCUCAAUCACUCCGUCGAGGAACACUCUCACCUUCUUCCCACCUCCAUCAAAUGAGCGUACCCAUCCGAACACAGCUUCAGUCAGAGCGACACCAGUAAGAGUAGACUCUUUGCAUCUUAGCCCGACUCGCAAGGCACCGGAUCUCCUCCGCAAGUCUCCGAAUGAGUCCAUCGGGUGUAUAUCCGACUUUGCCCCUCCUACGGAGUUCAGAAAUGGAGAUUGGAUGUGUGUGCAGAGUCACUGCUCAUUCCACAAUUAUUCUCGCAACAGUAUGUGCGGAAGAUGUGGCGCUCUGAACCCCAGUCUACCCUCAUCACGCCCGGGAUUUGCGGCCUCACGAGCCAGGAAGGGAGGCAUAGGUAGCAAGUUGGAUGCUGCUUUACCUGCAUUCAACUUGCCACCGAACUGGUCAACACCCACCGCGACGACGAUGCAGUCUCCUUUCCCAAACAGUGGAUGGUCCUCUGCCACCCUAUCACCUCCCAGCGCUGCAACACUUGCGGACGGAAGGAACAGGGACAACCUACACCAGCGAUCGACCGCGCUAUCUCCGAGGCUCUUUGGCCACGACCGCCCAAAUGAGAAUGCUGUCCGAAGGCGUGGCUGUGACACACCCUACCCAGGAGUCGAAAAUGGAGCGAUGUACACUCCACCUUUGCAAACUGGCUCUGCUCAUAGCCAAGGGCCUUUGGACAUUCCACAAUUCUACCACCAGGAUCGUAUGAGGGAGAGCAUCAUGCACAAUCGCGUAAAGUCCCACUUACGAGGCGACGCCUACUCUGAGGGGAUACAACAGCUACAUCGGCUCAACGUGCAGCAGCGCACUCAGUCACCAUCGCCCAUGCGGCCUCAGACCAAUGUUUCCGCGUAUCCCAUGUCUCUCUUGGCCGAUCCACAGCUCUCCUCCCCCGCUUCGUUCAAGCAGCGAUCGCUUUCGUACAAUAGCUGCAGGUCUCCAUUUGCAACUCAAUCGCCGAGUCUGCCUGUCCCACUCAAAAGGAACUCGCAAUCCUCGGACUCUCAUGUCAGAGGCACUCCUCAAGGCGCGCGAACUUUGUUCGGUAAUGGAAGUGGUAUCGACAGUGAGCAGACGAGGAGGGCGCAAGUCUCACUCAAUGACCUUGCGACGACUCAGCAACUGGCAUCCAUGGGAGUAGGCGUAGGACCAGGAGUCAAUCCAAACGUCGACUAUCCCCUCUCUGGCCUGGCAGCAAGCAGUGACUUGCGUUCUCCAACCAUCAGAGAAGGACCACCUCCUCCGCCUCCCAUCAUCAACAGCGGCUCCGUCGGACCAAUGCUUGUACAAGCGGGAGACUGGAUCUGCUCUCACUGCUCCUUUGUCAAUUGGCGGCGAAGACGAGUCUGCAUGCGAUGCUAUCCCUUUGCAGAAGGCAACGAGAUCGCCCUGUCCCUCUCCAACGGGGCUUUGUUGGCUGCGAGAGUUGCAGCUGGGGUUGAGAUCCCCGAGAGCGAACUUGCAUCCCUCACCAAGCCAAGGAGUGCCGCUCAUCUUGACAACGGUAGAACUCAGUCUGAACCCAAUGGUAGCUACGCCCAUAUUCCGAGCCCACGUCAAGUCAUGACAUCCCCCAAACACAUUGGCAUUCAGCAACCUCCCUCUCCCCUGACGGGUGUCAAUCACGCUUUUGCCCGCUCAAACAUCGCACAAGGCGUCCUGCAGGAUCCUGCGCUGAGCAACCAAAGUCGUCAGACGACUCCAAAUGUUCAAUUCGAUCACGCUCAUUUUGCGCGGACUGACAUUGGGAAUCGCAAUCUGGACAAUAUGAGCUUGUGGCAGCCGCAAGCACCUUCAGCAGAGCUCCCUAGGCCGGGCUACCAUGGACAUCAGACACGCAGUCCUCCGUUGCCUGCCUGGCUCCCAGCGCCAAUCUCCUCCCCUGGUGCCUUCGGCCUCGAAGCACGCCACAAGCACGCCAUUCCCCCUGCACUGGGUUCACCAUCCUUCAGCUCUCCACUCCGCAACGGAGGACAAGUCCCAGACUUGUUUACGCCCUCUGGACGAGCGAUCAAAGAUCUUUGGAAGGACGAAGCACCUCCUAUGCGAAAGUCUAGUGAGGAUGACAAUCUCGUACCGAUCAGCGCCAACCUGAGACUUCACUUCAGCACUACCCCCGUCAGGGAGGCCAACUUCGACUCUUUUACUGGCGAUGCCCGUGGAUCGCUGCAUGGAGUUACGGUAGGGGCUGCUCAGCAGCCAUUGUGGAGCCGCAGAGAGGGGCAGAACGGUCUUGUGGGCAGGCCUGCUCCCAUUGGCACGCGACCUGCAACCUCCUCCUCCUCGGUCAGCUCUUCUGCCGCUGCAGCCACGAGCCCACUCAACUCGAGUCAGUGAGUCUCGUUCGGAUAGUCGAGCCGACGAAUCAUCACCAAUGGGAUCACCGAACUUCUCUUUCGUCAUCAUCAUCAUCACCACCACUUCCCAUCAUCUGCUUUGCCCCUCUUUGCUCCCUGGUCACUAUACAUUUCGGAAGGA